GGAGAUGAUAGGAUGCACCUGCCCAGCCCUACAGACUCCAAGUUUUAUCGCACCCUGAUGGAGGAGGAGGACAUGGAGGAUAUAGUGGAUGCAGAUGAGUACCUCGUGCCACACCAGGGCUUUUUCAACAGCCCUUCAACGUCUCGCACUCCUCUGUUGAGUUCAUUGAGUGCUACCAGCAACAACUCUGCUACAACCUGCAUUGACAGGAACGGGCAGGGGCACCCUGUGCGGGAAGACAGCUUUGUCCAGAGGUAUAGCUCAGACCCAACAGGCGCUUUCUUGGAGGACAGCCUAGAUGACAGCUUCCUACCAGCCCCAGGUGAGUACUUUUCCG